AUGAAUGCAGCGGGCACAAAGCAGUCAACUUGCAUGCUCAUGGUCGCCCCAGCGCCAACGCCUAUCCCUGGUGCCAAGAGUGUUGCAAGCUCGCCCGCUCCACCGCAGACGCCAGUAGGCCCAUCUGCGCCUUUGUUCCUCAAGGAGCUGAGAAAUUCGCCGUUAAAGCCCGGUUCGCAGAUAAUUCUGGAAGCACGUGUUGUUGGCAAUCCAGCACCACAAGUGGAAUGGCUCAGAAACAAAUCAACACUUAAAAAUUAUCGAGCAAAGACCGAGUACGACACGCAUACCGGAAUUUGUGCCUUAAUUAUACCUCAGAUGUUUGCUGAUGAUAUUGGCGAAUAUACAUGUAGAGCGACCAAUGCUCACGGGGUUGCAGAAACUUCCGCGCAGUUUGUAAUAGCGUCGUGCGAUCCAAAGUCGCACCCCUUUCCUGAAUGCAAGAACUGGUUGGGAUGGAGGCAGGAUGAAGAACCAAAAAGUAACCACAAAUCAGUUGAGCGAGGAACCUUUUUUGUUUUGUGUAUGCAAGAAAACAUUUUCAAGCUGAUGCCACGUGAUGAGUUCGAAAAAUGGUUCAACGAGCAGCGAUCGCUGAUUACACGCGAACGAAAGCAAGCGAUGCUUGCGCAAACGCAAAAGCAAAGGCCAGGCAAGCAUUUCCCCGGCUCUUUUGUAACAUUGAUUUGUUUAGAACCAUCAGGGCGAUCAAAUGCGCAUGCAAUACCGCAACGAGAAGUGGUACAACAGCGACCAGUGACCGUUGCGCAGCGUCAGAUGAAACAAAACGGCGGCUCAGAUUACGAUAGUAUUGGCGAAAUUGUAAGCUGA